GUGACGUAAUGGGUAUUUUUUUUUAAAUUGUAUAAAUAAAGUCAAAUGAGUGCGAGCGAUAGUUUAGUUGAAUUAAAAUGUUGUAAAGUAGGUACUAUGCAAAAUUAUCUGAACCUAAGUGAUUAUAAUUACAGAGACUUAUCAGUGUAUUGUUGUUACUGCACCAGUAAAACCGGUUUUCCGAGAAUUAGUUUUUUGAUAAAGAAGGAGGAAAAUACCGGGUCGUCUUUAAGUUUCGAGUCAUGUUAGUCAUACACGAUUUGGACACCACUGGAUGAUGGCGUUAAAACAAUUAAUUCUGUGUUACUUCUUACACUUAUAUGUUGUUUUUGGGACUGAUGUUGGUGACGAAUGUGUGCCAAAUAACAGCAUAUCAGAAGGAAUUUGCACUCUAAUGACAGACUGUGAAGAAGCAGUCAGGUCAGUGAAGAAUCGAAAUUAUCAUCAGUUCCAAAGAUGUGGUUUCAGUGGAGAUCAGGAGGUGGUCUGCUGUCCACAAACUUCAGAAAAAUAUGGUUCAACAGAUUCACCUACGAGACAAAGUGAACGAGUGGCUGAUAGAGAAUGCAAAGACAUAAUUAAAAACAGCAUCCCACCUUUGGACUUGCACAUAAUUGGAGGAGAGUUGGCAUCUGUGGGGGAAUUUCCACAUAUGGUCGCUAUUGGUUUUGACCGGGGCAAUGGCUACGAAUUCGACUGUGGAGGUUCCCUCGUGUCCCGGAACUACGUUCUCACUGCUGCACACUGCAUAGACACAUUGGAUCGCAUAGAACCGAGUAUGGUGCGAGCUGGCGUGGUGGAGCUGGGAAGCAAUACGUGGAACGACCAGACAGACUACCGCAUCGCUGAGAUCAAGUUGUACCCGAGCUACACGCGGCGGGAGAAGUACCACGACCUCGCGCUUCUAAGGUUGCAGCGUCCGGUGAAGUUGUCUAGCUACCUCAACGCGGCCUGCCUGUACACGAGUGCAGACGACCCCACUACGCCGCUUACCGUCACCGGGUGGGGUUCGACAAGCGCUACUACGGACAAGCGAAGCAGCUCGCUGCUGAAGGCGAACGUGUCGGCGGUGUCGCGAGAGCGUUGCAGCGAGUCGUACAACGUGGCCAACUACCGCAAGCUGCCACGCGGCAUAUCAGCCGAGCAACUGUGCGCCGGCGACCCAGACGGCCUGCACGACACUUGCCAGGGCGACUCGGGCGGGCCGCUGCAGCAGCUGAUGUCAACGGACGGGCAGUACCGGCUGGUGGGCAUCACCUCCUUCGGGCGCGGCUGCGGCUCGCCAGUACCAGGAGUCUACACACGCGUCUCCCAUUACCUCGACUGGAUAGAGGACACCGUCUGGCCGCGCUAAUGUCACACAAAUACAAAACAUAAACUAUCUAUAUACGUCCCACUGCUGGGCACAGGCCUCCCCUCAAUCAACCGGAGGGGGUAUGGAGCAUACUCCACCACGCUGACACACACAAAUACUAAUAAACAAUAAAACUACAUGUAGAAUGGACACAACUCUCCUCUCCUCAACCUCAACCUCUUCGCAACGAAAUUGAGCUAUCUCACUCCGCUCCCGAUAACUUACCAAGACGGGAUUCGGGGGGGCUUAAAAAGGCCACAUUGCAUUGCGCGCUUACUUUUAUAUACGCAAAUGUCAAAUUGCAAUAUUGCUUUUUUUAGAUGAAUUAAAUAAAUAAUAAAUCAUUAUUCCAAGUAACCAUUGACUCAUAUGUGUUAGUAAAUGACUUAUUUCUAGUGUUAGUGAAGAAUAAUAAACGCAUAUACCUGCUCCGUUCCGUCGUGGGUAAAAAUAACACACAAUAUCAAAAACUUAUAAUACAUUUGGAUGCGUGCAGCCCACUGCAGCGACGCAAAUAGGGGCUCUCAUCCCCAAUCGAAAAGAGAGCAAGGUCAAUUGCUUCGAUGUGGCCUUUUUUUAACCCCCAAAUACUUACUAAGAUGUAAGAAAUGCGCGCUGAUUUCACUGCCUAUCUCGCUCGCUAAGGGCACGCACGAAACAAAACAAUAGAGUGUACGAACGCGAUUUUUGUAUCGAUUAUAAGUAGUAGUAGUUUUGUAUAGGGUAGUUCUAUUAGUCUAACAACUCGAAACUUCCUCCUUGGUCAGCUAAUUUGGUAUUUUAAGUUGACAUUGACGUCCUCGGUUUGAGGACAUCACUCAGUGGUGACGAGUAUAGACUGGCGGCAAUAUAAUGAGAAAAUAAUUACGUCAUGCCUACCUGCCUUACUGGAGAAAACUCGAGAUAAGGUUAAGGCGCCGUCUAAGAAUUCCGAUUUUGAGCUGAGUUCGACACUCUUUAACUCGUUCGAACAUCUCAGAAUAUGGAUGUAACAGUUGCUAUUCGCGGGGCACGUUUAUCUCAGUGCUACUCAGCCUGAAUCCACAUAUAAACAAGUUGGACGGUCGGCAGUGUCGAGUGUUGAGAGUGUCUCAAACAAUAUAGCGUUACCUAUCUGUCGUCAGUUUUCAUUUAAAAUCCACGCUAUCGACAGGCCUAUCGACAACGAUAAUUGUGAGCUUCAUCGGAAUUAUCAGUCCUAAAUAUAUGUUCGAAGUGGUAUAGUCAAUUAAAAGUACUCAAUGGUGCUAUUAGUAUAAAUUUCUACACACAGUAAGUUUAAUAUUAAGCGUAGAUACUUCUUAUAAGGAUCGUCGAAAUGUGCCACAAAAUAACGGUUAAUUUACAUUACUUACUUAAUGUUAGUAUACCAAGCUAAUUAGUACGGUCACGAGUACUAAUAUAUAUACACUUUGGUACCAUGUCACAUUAACUUUUUUGACAAAUUAAACCGUAAGUCUCAUUAAAUGUCAAAUAUAAUAGUGCGACAGAGUCCUUUGACUUUAGAGAUGAUGAUGGAUGGAGACUUUGAUUAUUGAAUACUCCGAUAUAAUAACACUGUGGCGAAUGUUUUCCGACUAACUUAAUGCGAUCGUUAACCACAAUACACCACUUCGUAUUAAUUAUUUAGAUUAUUCAAUGAAGAAAGCAACUGUCCCGUUCCCGUUUCCCGCCAAAAAGCCUCGCGCAGAGACAACGGCAACAGCCGGUUGAUCAUAGACCUCAUAGAGUUCCUAAUAACCUUAGUCCUGCCUAAAUAAUAUUUUAAUUUAGACGGAGCAGACUCCAGAAUUGCGGUUUUUGCUAAAUUAAAAUAAAAUUAGGUUUUCUAAGAUAAAUUUAGGUUAAAUAUGGCGUCUGCAGGAAUUGGUACCAAUAUCUUUAGUGGAUCUGACUGGUAUAUCUAUAUGACCCUGAUAAAAAAAUGUAAAAACCUACUUACUUUCUUUUGUGUGUUUAAUAUAAAUAAAUACUUAUUUUUCUA